AGCUCAACUGCACGCGCAGUCUCAAAAAAGAGACCAAAAAGCUAUGUUCUCUCUUCGGUACUUUGACUUUUGUUGCUCUCUUCUUUAAUAUAAAUCCAACCCUACCUACGACUUUGAAUUCUAAAUUACAAUGAUGGAUAAAAAAAUAUUCUUCCUCACUGAAAUUUGCGCGUACAACCUCACGUCCCUCGCGCGCACCGGACAACGUCAACGUAGCUGAUUGGCCCGUUCGUGCGCGAGCUUCUAAAAAUAGCCUGAUCCUGGGAAACGCCGUGACACUUAUAAUACAGAUGAUUACCCCUACAUAUGAGCCCCUGCGAAUACCCAUAACUACCCAAAAGACCGCCCUGAAAUACCCUAUAUUUAAUGCCCCGAGCUGUCUCAACCGCCCCGCCGAUAAGUUGAUCAUUUCUUAUUGUAUGAUCGUAAUGUGAUUUCAUUUUUCAAUUUGAUACCUAUGACUGCGCCCUCAUCAUCACCCCUUCUGAUCAAAUCUUGCCUACGCUAUUAAAAACUAUGAUCUUACCUCAUCCUAAAGCACCGCAGGCUACAGCACAUGGAUUCUUGAGCCGCUAACAAUCAGGGAGAAUUGUACUUGAGCACAGAUGAGAUGCCUGAACACAAAAGUAUGAUUGCAAGUAUAUCUGGUUUAAGACGUUCAGAUCCUAAUGAAUUUGAAAAGUACUCGGAACAACGGUCUUGGCCGGCACAGCUUACUGAAGGAAAGUAUUACUACAUGGAGAUAUUAAUGAAAGAAUACUUUAGUGAUGACCAUUUAGUGGUGGCUGUAAAGACCCCUGAUGGCAAAUUCUACGCACCCAUCCCCUCCCAGUUUUUAUGGACAACAUACUUAUCAUCAUCAUCAUCAGCAUAUAGCCACACAUCACAGUUGCACCUAAUGAAGAUAGCGGCCCGAGCAGGAGCGAGAGCGGGGGCUCAUGCUGGGGAGUCAGCAGCUUCUCAUUCAGGGGCUCGUGCUGGAGCCGCAGCCGGAGCAGCAGCAGGAGCAGAAGGAGGAGCGAAGGCUGGGGCCGAGGCAGCCGCGAAAGCAGCAAGGAUAGUAAUGAAUAAAGCUAUCAGCCUUGCUCUAAAAGCGUACACAGGACCUGGUCACGUGAUCAAUAUUCAUUUGAAUAAGAAUGGAGUGACAUCUACACAAACGGUGGCAUCGCAGAGCGGUCCCCAAACCGUCGGGGGAACUUCUUCUGGAACAUCUACCGGGGGGCUAACGACAGCAGCCGGUGGCAGCACGGCAGCAUCUUCAUCGGGUGCCAUGGUUGGUGCAACAACUGGGAGCGCAAGUAGUGCUGGGGCUUCAGCAGGUGGUGGGGGAGGGGUCGGUACCACUGACGGAUCUACAGGAGCUGCAAGAGGAGGAGGAGGGGGAACAAGCACUAGUACAGGAAGCUCCGGAAGCACUGGUACAUCGACGGUAACUUCCGGUGGAGGUAUUUUCACAAGUGGAUCGUCCAGUGGUUCUUCUCAAUCUGGCGCUUCCGGCGGUAAGACGAUUUUCAAAGCCAUUCUUCCGGAUGGAACUGUCAAAGAAGGGAUGUUGUACGCAGGAAUGGAGGGCAAUGAAAACGAGGCAGUUUCCCAAGUGAAAGAUUUCGUGUACCAACCUAAAGCUGGUGAAGACCCUGAUGAGAUGGCCAGGAAAUUUGUGCAUCAUCUUGGCAUGGCGAAAAAAAUUGUUAUCGGGGCCAAAUACACGGUCCAUUCUACGGAUAUACCCGCGAAACAACCAGACUCGUCGCUCAAUCACUGUCUUAAGUCCAAGGGGAGUCAAAUGAUCGUAGAUAGUGGCUGCCAAUAUUUCAUCAUCCGCGAGGGGCACGCUCUAAAGCCAUCUAAGGAAAUCUUGUCGCUAGAAUCAUCUUGCACCCCUGGAUAUUUCGUAGUACAAAGGAAUUUUAGGUUCUACUUGGAAAAGAAUGAUGGCACCGAUCGAUUUAAACGCCAAGCAACCUUAAAGGCACAAAAGAUUGUGGCGAACUACUUUUCUUUUCUCCUGAUGACCAAAGAUCACGACAUGUGGUUCCUCUGUGAGACGCCUAAAAAAACGAAUAAGUGGGUUGAAACCAAGCUCACAUUUGCUCAAACGUCUGAAAAGUUUAAAGACAGAUGCUCGUUCAACUUUUUCCCAUUACCAGUAGGUCAAAAUGACAUGGCCAAUUGUUAUGAUGUACUUGACGUAACAGGACCCAAAAUCCCCGGUCAUCAGUUAAAACAAGCAGCGACUGAAGCUAAAGAAAUGUGUGUCGCCAUUGAAUUUAAGAACACAAAGUUAAUCACCUUCAAACUUAUAACCGAUGUCAACGACAAAGAGUACUUGGUAUCAGAAGGAGUCUUCAAGCUGAGAGUGAUCGUCAAACGCCCUGAGCUUCACCCACAGGUGUUAUUUAAGACAGAAGAUCCGAAAGGAGAAAGACGGAUUCUUCUAAACGGAGACAAGACGAUUGCAGUGGUGCCAAAAGAGCAAUGUGACGACUAUCUGAGUGUCGAGGUGACCUCGAAAAAGGCGACAUUCUCAAAGCCUGAGAAGGAAGGCAGUGUGCAUUAUCAUUACCACUACCACCCUGCAGUGGCGCCCAGUCCUUCUCCGCCUCCGUCACAGCAAACUGCAUGUUCUCCGGCCUGCCAGCCCACUUCAACUUGCCUCCCGUCAUGCCCUUCGGCCUGCUGUAGUGCAUAGUCCAAGAGACUCAUCUUAUUUGCACGUGGAAAUAUAUAGCCAUAUGAUAUUAUAUAUUUUAUCCCUCUAGAGACCACCACAUUUUCACGAACAGUUCUCAAAUCAAACAUAGUUGAUUUACAUAGUUGCGCUACAUAUCUACAGUUUAGUUUUUUGACGUCAUUAGCAUGCAUGCGUACAGAAAUCAAAAUCAUCCCACAUGGAUCUAGUUCUGUCUUUUUCUAAAUUUCCCUCAUCAUUAAUGCAUAAGAGAAAUUUAGAAACGAAAUUACCCUCAUCAUUUAUACAUGAGGGAAAUCCUUCAUCAUUAAUGCAUGAGGGAAAUUUAGGAUCAUCUAUUGUUUUCGAGGGAAUUUCGCUAGUAAUCGUCCCUCAGAGAACAAAAGAAUCCGAGGUGAUCAUGGUAUUAUAAGUGUAAUACCAUGAUCACCUCGGAUUCUUUUGUUUUCUGAAAAUGUGGUGGUCUCAAGGGGGAUAAAAAGAACAAUGCGUAUGCAAAGCCCUGAUCCAUUGAACUGUGUUUGCUUAUCCAACCUAAUAUUACUCGUAGUUUCGAGUUUAUUUCCUCGGUGAUCAUGGUAUUACAAACUUUUAGCAUGGCAUCUCGGGGAAUUUAGUGAUUAAAUGUCCCCUCAACUUCGGGAUGACUUGUUAAUUAGGGGCUGAAUUGAGUCUGACAGGGGCUAAACAUGCGCCCUCUGGGUCAUUUUUAAGUGGGCUGAAUUAAAAGUAGGUCGUUUUGAAAUUGUGCUGAAUUGGAUUAAAAGAGGGCCAAAUUGAUUUUUUUAGAGGGGCUAUUUUUAUGGGGGCUGAUUUUUUGCUGGGCCAUUUUAGCACCACCAAUUUACAAAACAGCCCCCCUCUUUUCCAUAUCAGCACAUAAGAUGAGCUGAAUUGGCCCCACUUAAGUAGUCUAGUAGUUUGUAGCAAAGUAAUGAACAGGCGCGUACCUAGGAUUGGCUGAGGGGGGGGGGGGGGGCGGUCAUACGUAAAAUGGAAAAAGCCUAGUGUUUGAACAUUCCUAAUAAGAAAUGACCCACUUUUUGGCCGCCAAGAGGUGAGCGCGCACCCUGCGCCCCCCCCCCCCCUGUGUACGCGCCUGAUGCAGAAGUUCUGCAACUCUCACCAUUGCAUAAUUUCUAAUACAUCAAAAUUCAAAAUAUUAACAUAUUAAGUGAUAUUAAUUAUUCAUAUCGGGCGUGUCCUGAGAAAAAAACAGGUUGGGUCCAACAUAUUUACUGACCUAGGAAUGGUUUUCUUACAUUCCAAAGCUAUUCCUGAGCUCCGUAAAAUAGCCAAUCUAAAUACACACAAAAGUUAUAACACUUUUCUUAACUAUUCCACUAGUCAAAUUAGUCUCCCCACGUGAUUUCACAUUUUUGCAAAUGAGCAUGGUGUUGUCCCGACCCGUAGGAAUCCCCCAUGGACACGCACUUAAAUACGGUUUAAUGGGAAUACGAGGAUUUUAGGGUACACGAGGAUCGUAUUUCAUUCGCACGAGUGCUUUAAAGCCCUGUGCAAACUUCGCCAGCAUUCAGCACCUGCCAGCAUUGCUGGCGAAUUUUCGCUUGACUGACUAUAGGACAAAGGAAAUGUCAAAAAAGGAAAUGGAUUUUCUGACAUUUCCUUUGUCUUGUGGUCAGUCGAGCAAGAAUUGGCAGGUGCUGGCGCAGUUUGCACAGGGCUCUACACACUCGUUAUUCGGUUAUUCUCUUGUUCUCUUCCCUCUCACUCUGAUGCAAUUGUAUUUUGAUACAUAUAUACAAAAUAAAGUGCUCUGGAAAGACCCAAA